AUGACGGAGAAGAAGAGUGCGUCAGGGGUGCCCCAUGUCCGGCCAGUUGUAUGCGAUCUGUGUAGAACCAUUCCGGCGCCUUCUCCGGCGGAGGCUGAAGGGUCGGGUUCUGCGCCAACCGAAGAUGGAGGUCGCCCUCUCAGCUUACGCCGACGACGGGCUCCCGAUGGUGAUAGAUGCCGGUGGCCUGCGGAGGAUGUGCGGCAGAAGGCUUUAGCAGCAACAGGCAGAGCGGGGUUUCAGGAAGCAGCUGACUGGAUUCUUGCGCAUGGGAAUGACCCGACCCGUGAUGACCCCAUUCCACAGGAGUACGUGGUGUAUCUGUGUCCAUCGGGUCUGCUCUGGGUCAAGCUGAUGGCAUUCUGGGACGAGAGUGAGAAACAAUGCGGCAGGAACCAAGCUCAUGAGGUCUUCCCACACGUCAGCCUCUGCCACUUCUUCACAUGUGAAGACAGCAAGCUGCAGAAGCUGUACAAAGCUCUGAAGAAGACUGGCAACAGGUUUGCAGGCGGAUUCCCCCCCUCCCUCACUCUGACACUUCACACAAGCUCUCGCUACGUCGGAUACUUCCUGGACGAUGCAAGUACUGACAUCAUCAAGCAGUUUGCCCUGGCCUUCUGCGAGGCAGCUGCCAAACUGGCAGACUGUCACGUGGAGGUCAGCAACAACCCCCUGCACCUCACCCUGUCUCACCGCUUCCUUCCCCAGCACCAGCCCGAGCUGGAGGCCAGAGCUCGCAGGAUCAGUCUGGGAAUGAACUGCAAGUGGGAAGCGGUCCUGUACUCCCGGGACAUGCGGUUCGUGCACUACCAGGUUUUUCAGGCACUCUACCCAUACGAACCCCAGAAUGAAGAUGAGAUAAGGCUGAACUCUGGCGACUACAUCUUCCAGCAUCCCUCUGAGCAGGAGGGAGUGAGCCAGGGCUGGCUCUUCGGCACCUCACAACGCACAGGGUGCCGGGGGCUGCUGCCCAAGAACUACACGGAGAGAGCACCCGAAUCCAGCACCUGGGUCAAGCACAGGUCGUACACCUUCGGUCUGACGCGAGUGGACGCCACUGGCAUCGAAGGGAACUGCGCCCUGGGCCCAGAGACUGAGGCCAGCCAAACGCCCAACAGUAUCCACAGGCUUCUGGAGGAACAGCUGCUGGCCACUGCCUCCUCCCGGCGAUGGCUGUUGUUCGUGCGGCACGGAGAGAGAAUUGACGUCGUGUUUGGCCGGACCUGGAUGGAGCAGUGUUUCAGUGCGGAAGGCAGAUACAUCAGGGCAGAUUUAAACUUCCCUUGCAGUGUACCACACAGGGCAGGAGGCCCCCACAAUUACAAGCACGACGCCCCCCUGUCUUCCUGUGGCACCUUCCAAUCGCGGCUGACAGGGGAGGCUCUGGCUGAGAGGGAGGUGCCGAUCCGGUUUGUGUACAGCUCUCCUGCCCUGCAUUGUGUACAGACAGCACAGCAUCUCUUGCAAGGUCUACAGCAGAAUCCCCAGCUGGAAAUCCGCGUGGAGCCCGGACUCUUCGAAUGGACCAAGUGGGGGGCAGCAAAAUCGAUCCCGAACUUCAUGUCAGUCACAGAACUGAAGGCAGCCGGAUACUCGGUGGAUGGGAGUUACAGGGUGCAUUUUCCAGUCACCAGCCUGGUUCCAUCAGAGACGUAUGAAGACUACGUAACACGUUGCUCUGCAGUUGUACAGGCCAUACUAGACAGCUGCCCAGAAGGAGGAGGGAACGUUCUGCUGGUGGGCCACGCCUCCACACUGGAGUGCUGCUCAAGGAAGUUACUGGAGCUGCCACCCAGGGAUGCCAAGGAAUUCGUAGAAAUGAUCAGAAAGAUUCCUGCCCUGGGACUGUGCUGCUGUGAGAAAAUGAAAGAUUCAAAGUGGCGAAUGUUCGAGCCCCCCAUCAAGAAUAUGACUCAUGGACCCAACCCAGCAUUUAACUGGAGAGACACAUUUCUGCAGAAUUAAAGACAUUGCUUUCGAUACGGAUAUUCUUCAUUAUUGAAUAAAUGUUAAAUAGUGAGCUAAAGGACUGAGAGAUGUUCUGGACAAACACCUAAGUGUAUCAUAGCUUAUCAACGACAGAAUAUUCUGGAGA